UCUCAGUUCUGCAUAUUGAUUUAGCUAUUACUGGAUGCAGUGAUUCAGAUGGAGUGGAUAUGUAUGGACUGGAUGGUGAAGAGUUGUGGUACGCAGACUUCAACAAAAAGGAGGGAGUGGUGGCUCUGCCUCCGUUUGUAGAUCAGUUGAGCUUCCCUGGAUUUUAUGAACAGGCUGUAGGUGAUCAGGGGACAUGCAAAGGAAACCUGGCCACAUCUAUAAAAGCUUACAAGAACCCACCAGAGACAAUAGACCCUCCUCACAGCAGCAUCUACCCCAGGGAUGAUGUGGAACUGGGGGUGGGGAACACCCUCAUCUGCCACGUCAGUGGGUUCCACCCUGCACCUGUCAGAGUCAGGUGGACCAGGAACAACCAGAAUGUGACCGAGGGAGUGCGUCUCAGCACCCCCUACCCCAACACUGAUUUCACCCUCAACCAGUUCUCCAGUCUGAGCUUCACCCCAGAGGAGGGAGACAUCUAUGGCUGUACUGUGGAGCACAAGGGCCUUACUGAGCCCCUGACACGGAUCUGGGAACCUGAGGUGAGCCAGCCCAGCGUGGCUCCUGCUGUGUUCUGUGGUGUGGGUCUGACUCUGGGGCUGCUGGGAGUGGCUACCGGAACAUUCUUCCUCAUCAAAGGGAACCAGUGUAACUGAGACGACAGCUGUCAGAGCCUCAUGCCAAAUCUGUAUAAAUAUAGAGGACGUCACCAUCAUUUAAAGUAUCUUUGUAUUGUUAAAACAGUGUAUAUAGACUGUAGAUGACAAAAAGCCUUUUUAGCCUCCUCAGGAAUGUGAGGUUAAACUGCAGAUAAUAUAGAGAGCAUAACAAUAGUCUGAUAUAGUAAACAUUUCAGCAGUCUAUGUUAAUUAUCCCCCAAAUUGAUGUAUGCCGGGGUUACGAGGGUACGUCCAGCUUGAGUUCUAGUUGGUGUUUGUGUUCCAUUCUUCCCUUUUUAACCUUGCAUGUUUUUAUUAAAGCUUAUGAGCCCUGAAA